UAAAUAUCUUCUAUCGGUCAGUAGCUCGUUUGGUGUACUUGAAAAUACAAAUACGAAAUCUCAAAAUUCUUUCCACUUUUUACUUCGAUAAAUUCGCUUUUCUCAGUAUUUUUGAUUUCGUGACCAGCGGGCAAAGUCCUAGCAGAGACUUUUCUUCAUUUCUCACUCCUGUGUACUAAUACUACUACUACUACUACUUUUUUAUUCGAAUUAUUUUGCAAUUUGUUAUCCCGGUAUGAGCUCAAGACUUACCUACCGUUUUGGCGAUCAAAGUCUGCGUCAAAUUAAAAAUAUGCAACGGGAGGAUGCUUAUACCAAAGAGGCCACUCUAAAGAACCAAGCGAAACGGGAAUUGGCCAAUGGAAUCGACAAGGAUCCAAUUUACAAAUUGCGCCUACAGUGCUUCAGUCGCGGUGCCACAGGCAUCUUGGGUCUAUCAAGGGCAUUUCGGGUUAUGGACACAGAUGGCAGCAAAGCCCUUAACAAAGAAGAGUUCAAAUCUGGAAUUACCGAAAUGGGCUUAGAUCUGAAAGAUUCGGAAAUUGAUAAUAUGUUCGCUAAUUUCGACACUGAUGGAAAUGGAAGCAUUAAUAUGACUGAGUUUUUGGUGAAACUACGUCCACCCAUGAACAAGUGCCGCCUGAAUAUUAUUGAUAAAGCCUUUAAGAAAAUGGAUCGUAAUGGGGAUAAUCAAAUUUCAGUUGCCGACUUAAAGAACGUUUACUCGGUGCGAGAUCAUCCCAAGUAUUUAAGUGGCGAAUUGACCGAGUCUGAGAUAUUGACCGAUUUCCUAAAGAAUUUUGAAGCUGGUGCCCCCAAUCCAGAUGGCAUAGUAACUAAAGAGGAGUUCAUCAAUUAUUAUGUAACAAUUAGUGCUUCUAUCGAUAAUGAUGCCUACUUUGAUUUGGUUAUGCGACGCGCCUACAAACUUUAGAUGUGGAACCUUUUCAAGUUACUUCAAAUUGCAAAUUAUUCGUAAAAAAAGGAUUUCGUAAUUAUCUAUCUAGAUAAAAUAGUAUAUAUAUAUAUAUAUUUUGCCAAUGUAUCGGUAUUGCACGAUUACUCUUCAAAAUUUAAAAGUCAAAUU